AUGCUGGCAUCAGAAUUACUUUUCGAAAUCACGCUUAUCAUUGCAAAUUUUCUUCAACCCAGCGAUAAAGCUCAGUGCUGUCUCGUGUGCAAGGCUUGGCUCCCAGCUUUCCAGGAAUCGCUUUUUGAAACCCUCCUUAUUCAGACUGAAGCCAGUGUCAACAAGCUGGUCGAUCCAACCAGUUCAGCAAGCAAACUACUUCAAAGAUAUGGUCACAGAACUCAAACUCUUGACAUCACAAAGAAUAUUUUACUGAGUCAUCGACGGUUCUUUACCCUUCAAAAACAUAUUCCUAAUCUCAAACACUUCAAAUGGAAUGAUGCAAGUGUCAGGAUACUGGGACCUACUUAUUUCGAUGUGUGGAAUUUAUGGGCAGAAUCUCUCACAAAUCUCGAAAUAACUAUGCAAUUCUGCCCUUACGAUAUACCACCAACGUCUUUUAACUCAAUACGCUCGAAUCUUCGUCGGCUGACACGGCUUAAAUUCAUUAUACCCUUUAAAACACUGUUUACCUGCACUUUUGACGACUUUGAACUCCUUAACGACCAACUACCCGAAUUGACCUACAUUUCGCUUAGUGCUCGAUUUGACGAAAUGAGUCCUGAUGAAUUACUUAAGGUUAAAAAAGUGAAGCCGAGACCCUGUUUAAAAACAUUGGAAAUGGAUAUCAAGAACACUACCUAUAACUGGCUGCAUUACCUAGCUAUCAAGUAUCCAAACAUCAACACACUUUCACGCCUUGAUUUUUCUCAGUCCGGAGCUAAUUUACAUACUUCUCAAGCUCUGAAAUUGUUUGCCGAACUUCCAUGUCCCUUUCAAAAUCUGAAAAACAUUUCUGUCCAUGCCAACACUCCGUCAGAGAAGAUUUAUCUUGAUUUUAUAAGUCAAAUUUGUCUUUUUAAUGUCCAUAUCAAGACAAUUGAUCUUAAUAUACAUAAUUCCUCGGGAGACACCGGAUCAUCAAACGAUAUGCUACAAUUAACAAAAACACUUGCAAAUACGCUGGAGAAAAUCAAAAUUGUAUACUUUCAAGAAGAUAUUCGACACUUUGGCAUGUUUGAUAAGCUGGAGUAUUAUCCUCGACUAGUUGAUCUCGAUAUCAACGUCAAAGGAGCUACUGUCAUGCUGGAUACCGUCCUAGAAAAGUGUCCAGCAUUAAAGUCUUUCGCCAUUACCGACGGUGUCCUUAAUUCUCGUCCAGAAUUUUCUUUAUUACCAAUGGAAUAUGGGCUGUCCAGUUUAUCACUCAUUUCUAUUACUGUUGCCUCAACUACACUCAACCAGCUCUCAAUAUCCUGCAAAAAUCUUAACACCAUGCAUCUCGAAACCGUAGAUAUAACAAUAUCACGACAGAAAAAUUCUGUAGACAGUUGUAUCGAUAUGUCAUCGACCCAUUUUACAAAGCUUUAUAUUAAAAGUACUCAAUUUAUUAACAUCCUUAACGAAGAUAGAAUUGCUUUGUUUUCUGUGUCUUCAUCAUUGACUCCUGCUGAAAACAUAUGGGUGUACUCUUCAUACAAUGAUUCGAUAAAAAACAGAAAAUUCCACUCAAUAACACUGAAGCUAGAAGAGGAAGAAUCGAAGGGGUGCAGUGCGUAUUUCCGUAGCUAUCCAGGAACUGUUCGUGCAGAAUACACUGAGGAGCAGCUUUAUGAGAUUUUCAAAGGUUUUUCAAUAAGUAGAUGGGCAAAAAUACUUUUUAAAGGCUAUGUUAGUUUUAAAUACGGCUCUGCAAAAAAAUUGUGUUUCAAAUGA